AUGGCUACCACAAAUGAGCUCCCCGCCCUCGAUGUCAACAGCUACGACUACAUCGUCGUUGGCGGUGGUACUGCUGGCUGUGUGAUCGCCGCACGUCUGGCCGAGUACCUCCCCAACAAGCGCACUCUGGUCAUUGAGGGUGGUCCCAGUGAUUUCAUGGACGACCGUGUCCUGAACCUGAAGGAAUGGCUCAACCUCCUCGGUGGCGAGCUCGACUACGACUAUGGCACCACCGAGCAGCCCAUGGGUAACAGCCAUAUCCGUCACUCCCGCGCGAAGGUCCUCGGUGGUUGCUCCUCCCACAAUACUCUGAUCUCCUUCCGUCCCUUCGAGUAUGAUUGCCGUAACUGGGUGUCCAAGGGCUGCAAGGGCUGGGACUUUGAGACCUUCACCCGCAUCAUUGACAACCUGCGCAACACCUUCCAGCCGGUGCACGCCCGCCACCGCAACCAGCUGUGCAAGGACUGGGUGCAGGCCUGCGCCAGCACCAUGAACAUCCCCGUCAUUGAGAACUUCAACGACGACAUCCGCAACAAGGGUGAGCUGACCGAGGGUGUUGGCUUCUUCAACGUCUCCUACAAUCCUGAUGAUGGCCGCCGCAGCAGCGCCAGUGUCGCCUAUAUUCACCCCAUUCUGCGCGGUGAUGAGAAGCGUCCUAACCUGACCAUCCUCACCAACGCCUGGGUUUCUAAGGUGAACGUGGAGGGCGAUGCCGUCACUGGUGUCGACGUGACUCUGCAGUCAGGUGUCAAGCACACCCUACGCGCUAAGAAGGAGACCGUUCUGUGUGCCGGUGCUGUCGACACCCCUCGUUUGAUGCUGCUCUCUGGUCUCGGCCCUAAGGAGCAGCUCUCCGAGCUGGGCAUCCCCGUUGUCAAGGAUCUCCCCGGUGUCGGUGAGAACCUGAUCGACCACCCCGAGAGUAUCAUCAUGUGGGAGCUCAACCGCCCCGUGGACCACGACCAGACCACCAUGGACUCGGACGCUGGUAUCUUCUUGCGCCGCGAGCUCCCCAACGCCGCUGGCUUCGACGGCCGCGCCGCCGAUGUGAUGAUGCACUGCUACCAGAUUCCCUUCACCCUCAACACCACUCGUCUCGGCUACGACGAGCCCGUGAAUGCCUUCUGCAUGACCCCCAACAUUCCCCGUCCCCGUUCCCGCGGUCGUCUCUUCUUGACCUCGGCCGACCCCUCCGUGAAGCCCGCGCUGGAUUUCCGCUACUUCACUGACCCCGAGGGCUACGACGCCGCCACCAUCGUCGCUGGUCUCAAGGCCUCCCGUGAGAUCGCCAAGCAGUCUCCCUUCAAGGAAUGGAUCAAGCGCGAGGUCGCCCCUGGCCCUAAGCUGCAGACCGAUGAGGAGCUGUCCGAGUACGGCCGCCGUGUUGCCCACACCGUGUACCACCCCGCUGGUACCACUAAGAUGGGUGACAUUGCCCGGGACCCUAUGGCCGUUGUGGACCCCAAGCUCAAGAUCCGCGGCCUCAAGGGUGUCCGUAUCGCGGAUGCCGGUGUCUUCCCCGAUAUGCCUACCGUCAACCCCAUGUUGACCGUGCUGACCAUUGGUGAGCGUGCCGCCGAGCUUAUCGCCGAGGAGGCCGGCUGGGCUCGCAACCAGCCCCGCCUGUAA